CUCUCGGCUUGACUCGGCUAGAGCUCGCUGGGGCUCGGCUCGGUGGGGCGGCGGCGGUUCCCAGGGCCGCCUCGGGCCCUGCGCUCCGUGAGGCGGUGCCGCCGCUUCCACUGCCCGCGCCCCGCCGGCCUUUGGACCCGCGGCGCGGCACCGCCAGCCCCGUGGUGCGGCGGGGAGCGGGCGGCGAGCGGCGGCCGGCAGUGGGGCGGAGGAGCAGUGCCAGUGCCACAGCCUGCCAGCCCUCCUGCCGCCGCCGGGCCUCGAGGCCAGGACGAGGCCUGUGGCCCCUUCUGCUAGGCUGCACAGGGCCACCGUGGGCGCCGGGCCCACUUCCACCUCUCAACCCCCGCAACAUCCCUCCCAACCCCAGCCAUGGCCGCCCCGCGGCUCACCGAGAGCACCGUCACGGUGGACGGCCAAACCCUCUUCUACCGCCAAGCUGAGCCAGACCAGCAGGCGCCAAAGCUGACAGUGCUGCUGCUGCAUGGCAUUCGCUUCUCCUCCGACACCUGGCUUCAGCUGCAGACGCUUGCCACACUGGCCAAAAACGGCUACCGAGCUGUGGCUAUUGACCUGCCGGGGCUGGGGCUCUCGAAAGAUGCCGUGGCGCCAGCACCAGUGGGCCAGCCAGCACCGGGGGCUUUCCUGAAAGCAGUUUCGGAGGCUUUGUGCCUGGGUCCAGCCGUCGUGAUCAGCCCGUCGCUCAGCGGCAUGUACUCCCUGCCCUUCCUCUUCCAGCACAACCACCUGCUUAAGGCGUAUGUGCCCGUGGCACCCAUCUGCACUGAGAAAUUCACAGUGGAGCAGUACACCCAGAUCAAAACCCCCACGCUGAUCGUGUACGGGGACCAGGACGUGGAGCUGGGGCAGGCCAGCCUGAACAACCUGCGGCACCUCCCCAAGCACCGUGUGCUGGUGCUGCAGGGUGCCGGACAUGCCUGCUACCUGGACAAGCCAAAUGAGUGGCACCGCGAGCUCCUGACCUUCCUGCAGCAGCUGGAGUGAGCAGGACAGCUGUGUGGAGGGGCCCACAGGGCAGGGGGACAUGGCCAACCCACCCGCCCCGCACCUGAGCACGCACCCUUGCACCAAGCCAGCUGCUCACCUGGUGUCCCCACCCAACCCUGCCAUGCCAUGCCAGGCCCGUGCCAGCACCACAACCUUCCUUGGGACCAAAUAAAACCCCAGCUCUGCUACCA